GAAACUGCGGUCUGCUGGAAGCACAGGGCGGAGCUUAGGUCGUACUUUUUUUGUUUUGAUGCAUUUUUGUCUGGAAGCCUAUUGCUUGUAGUCUGUCGAGUACUAAGCCGAUUCUAUUUCAAGGGUAGCGAGUCGAAACGGGACAACGAGACCAUGAUUAAACGACCUGACUGAAACUUUGCACUCCGGGCACUUUUAGCGCAGUAAGAAAUCACGACAGGAAUUCAUCGGGGAGCAGUAAACUAUUAACAUGUAAUUGGAAUACUAUUCCCGCUAAAAUAAUAUGACAACUUUCUACGGAUGCAUGCUACUGUCGUGUUUUUGUUUUUUUAAACUACCGGAGGACAGAACAAGUCCUUUUAGCUCUUGAGGUGUUUUUCAAUGAUACUUUCUCCAGUCUUAAUGAUCCCUCCAACAACAGGAGUAAAGCAACAUCUACAGACGUAUCCCUCAUCAUGAUCACUAUGAGAACCUUAUGACUUUGGAACACACGGGUCAGUUUUCUUCAUCAGGGAUCAACAGACACUUGAGCUACCACAACCCUGGGGCUGGAAAUGGAGGUGGUGUCGAAGCAGGAGCAGGCGGACCAAAGCAAGGCCGACGCUGUCAAGAGUGACCAGGAGGAGGAAAAUGCAACGGCCUCUGGCCACACCUGUGGUCUCUGCGGACGGAGCUUCCCUCUCCUGAGCUCGCUGUCCCAGCACAUGCGCAGGCACACUGGGGAGAAGCCCUACAAGUGUCCCUACUGUGAACACCGGGCGGCCCAGAAGGGCAGCCUGAAAGCCCACAUCCGCAGCCAUAAGCUGGGCCUGCUCAGCCGGAGACUGGGCAAGAAGGAAGGGGAGGAGGGGGUUGGGGAGCAAGGACAAACACAGGGGGACCCUAAGCAACUGAAUAGUCCCGCCGACAACCUCGCCAAUGGCACCUUGGCCAAGAAGCACAAAGUCAACGGCAAGACGGGAAAAAAAAGCUCCAAGAAGAAAGGCGAAGACUCAGUCGUCCAGGAUAACGGCAAGGAGGACGAGCCACAAACCACGACUGAGGACAACUCACUUCCGGGAGGGACCAACUGGGUGGACAACGGGGAAGAGGAAGCCAGUGCGGGCUCCUUUCCCUGCGGCUCUUGCAGCCAGGUCUUCCCCCAGGCCUUGCUCCUCAAGGCCCACAUGAAGAAGCACCGCGGCUCCCUGGACCACGGUUGCCGCAUCUGCGGACGGCGCUUCCGCCAGGCCUGGUUCCUCCAGAGCCACAUGCGGAUUCAUCGGGCAAAAAGCCAGCUGCGGUGUGGGGGUUGCGACAGCAGCGAGUCCCAGGCCACCCUCAAUGGGGUCUCCCGGGAGCCGGCGUCCCUGGUGAACGAUAACUGUCUCUACGAGCUGUGUGCCGGCUGCGGCAACUUCUUCUACGACCGCAAGACCCUCCGGUUGCACGAGAGGGUCCACAAGCAGAGCCACACCCCCAGCAAGCCGCCGCAGCAAGACCCCGACAACGGCUCGUCAUCACCCGCCGCCAAGAGGCGCUACUUGGAAUGCCUUAACCUCAGGGCAACCGGGGCUGGAGAGGGGAGUCUUGGAAGACGGAUCCCUGAGCUGGACCCAGUAUGCAGUUACCAGGCCUGGCAGUUGGUCACCAGAGGGCGUGUGGUAGAGGUGACAGAUAAAAGUCUAGGCUGGGAGGAGAGGCUGGCGGAUGCCGAGGUGGCGUUUGCCCAGGAGAAGGGCGAGUAUGUGCCUUUGAAACAAGAGAAGCGGAAGAGGCAGCUGGACUCCUCCCAAAGCAAGAAGAAGAAAGGGGCCCAGGAUGUUGUCAUUAAUGGUGGCAGCGGUGGGCUCUCCCACCAGAAGGGUGACAGUAGAAAUAGCCAUACCUUGUUGAAUGGGCUCAGCCCAGAGACGUUUGGGAUAUUGCAGAAAAAGAAGGUGAAAGAUGGUCAUCAGUCCAGCAAGCAAGCCACUAAAUUAAACUCUGCCAGUCAGCCCAGCACACCAAGACAAGAAGAUUCUCUGUCUGCCUCUUCCAUAAAGAGGAAUAGUAUCAGGGACCCAACCUAUGAAGAUACCAAGCCAUACUUCUGUGAGAACUGUGACUUCCACACCAGCGACCCCUCUUCCUUCACAUCCCACAUGCACAAGCAGCACAAGGACAUCAGGGAUGCACAUCAUCACAAACUGGGAGCUUUUAUGGAAGACCCGAGCCACGGCGCUCCCAAGGUCUCAGGUUAUAUGGAAUAUCUUCAGCUGAAGAGCACACUGCUCGGCCAGCCCUACCCGAAUCCCUACGUCUGUCCUCCUGGCCAGGAGAGGGCGGCAUCGAGCUGCCAGUCGGAGAAGUCAAGGAGCCUAAAGGUCAAAGGGCAAUCCUCUCAGGAUGCCAUCAUCAACGCCAGCCUCCUCAACCUGUCUGCCCUGCCCGAGGGCCAGGAGGAGGAUGGUGGUGUGAACCUUAUGGCAGCAGCGUCUGAGGGUAAGUUGGUCAGACACCAGUGUCCGUUCUGCACCCACACAACCCAUUACCUGGAGGUGCUGUGGAUCCACCAGCGUGUGGCCCACAGGGUGGAUAGUGGCAGCUCCCUGGCCCCCAAGUGGGCCCCCUAUGUCACCGGCUUCAAGGGCCCCAAGGCUGCUGGACGGCGCACGGGGCCCCCACCCUUCCUGGAGGGCAAAGACUGCCCGGCGAUCCCAGUCCCCCAGGCCCAGCGCACACAAGCCCCAGGUUCCACCACCACACAACCAUCAGAUGGAGGCACCAAGAGGCCAAAGACCCACACAAGCACUACAACUACUACUUCCCAGUCCAACACCAGCCAGGCCAUGGUGACAGGGUCGUGUACCUCCACAAGGUCGCCCCCUGGUGGUGGGAAGUCACUCCUACCUCAAAAGAAGAAGUCGAGCCGCCCAACCCAUAUGGGGGAGGUGGCAAAUAAGAGUGUUCGAUCUAAAACGAAAGCCCACCCCAAAGCUCCUGCCACCACCACCACCGCCUCAACCAGCAUUCAAGGCUUCUCCCAGCAAUCGACAAGCAGCCCCAAAUCCGGAAGCCAUUAUCAGGCGGCUGCCGAGGGAAGCCUGCUUACGCAAGAGGGCCUCGGCUUUAUUCUCGCUAGGAACCAUGGCAGGGCCGACCAUGCGACCCAUCUUACCCUAGACAGAACUCACCUCCACCCCCAGCCCCAUCCACACCCCCACAGCCAUCCACGGGAUCCACCUGCAUCCCCGAAAGGUCAAUACCUUUGGUCAGUCACAAACAUGUUUGGGGCGCAGGGCAGCAGUGGGUACCUGGCACCCACCACCACCCUCGGCCACGGGAAGAGGGAGUCGACUGCUGGAGACAGCAGAGACACCCCGAUGGACAUGGGCAUCCUGGGUCUGUUGAAGAACUACAACCCUCACGACCUGGCAGCUCUCUACCAGCACUGGGGCUUUGUAGAUCCCAGGCUUGACCCACAAGGGAUACUGCAGUACAAUGGACAUUUUGAAAAUGAAGUCCAUUCCUCCACAGAGGCCUCCAAACAAGUGAUCGGCCGUUCCGCUGCUUCAACAGCCUCUCUCAGGAAGGGGACAUGAAAACUCCACAUGCCACAUGCACUGAAAACCCAAAAUGCACUGUUGCAAGACGAGAGGCCUGCAGUCCCUCACAGGAACCAAGCCAUGACUACAGGAGCUCUACACUUUAGGGGCCCAAUUGUAUCAAGGGACACUAACUAACUAAACCCCCCGGACUAAAGAAGUUACCAUUACAUGUGGACGUGACGGAGUGGAAAUUCUUCCCCAACUGGGGUGUGAACUCACAACCCUCUGCACUGUAACUCAACAAGCACCGUCAAUACCGCAGACCCAGAAAGGCCAAGGCAUUUCUGACUCCAGAGCGACAGAACUUCUCAGGAAGGCAAUAGCGAUGCACUUAACCAUCUGCUACAUCACACUCUGGGCUUAGAUCACAGGAGGUUUGUGGCACCUUAAUUGGGGAGGACUGGUUUGUGGUAAUGGCUGGAGCAGAAUCAGUGGAAUGGUAUCAAA